AUGGCACGUGCAGACUCGGGCUACGUGAGCAGCCACGGUUCGAUAUAUAGUCAAAAAUCAUCCCAAGCUAUUAGAGACAGUUAUGAUACCAUUGAGGUGGAACACAAGGAAAGAAGGUCGCAUAGCGCAAACCAGAACGUUAAAAAUGAUCAUGUUAAAGAAUUAUUUCUUCAACAUGACGAUGAGCGCAAGAAAAUCAACUAUGGUGAUGCUUACUUUUACAGCAGUCCCACUGAUAUCACUUACACCAGUGACCAAUUCGCAACAGCACCAAAUUAUUAUGCAUCAAACCAAUACAGUCCUUCCCUACAACAACCCAUGCCUGUCCCAGCCCUGCCUUUCUCGCCAAAGUCACCACAUGCUCACCACCAUCCUGACCGCCAACCUCGGCUAAAUCCGUCCCAAAUCGAAAACAGGGCCCGAUCUCUCUCAGACUCGCGGGAAUACUACAAGCCCUCGUUGUCAGGGACGAAUGGGAUGAUCGGGAAAGAAGAGCAAUUAGGGAGAAAUUAUAAUGAAAGCAGCAUCGAGCAGAUCAUGCCGAGAAAUCAUGUCGUUACCAUGGGUAACCCAUCUAGGAAAUUUUCCUCAACUAAGAGUGAGGGUGACAGAAGCAGGAGCAAUAGCCUUCACGAGAAUGUUUGGAAUCAAGAUGAUGAUGAUUCCGACAGCGAUGAAGGCAUUUCGAUGGAUGUAUAUUCUGGUAUUGUUGACGGCGGUGAGAUUGAUGGUUCAUCUAGUGAAGGGGAUGAGUCAUUUGAAGGGAAUGAGUCAUUUGAAGGGAAUGAGUCAUUUGAAGGGAAUGAGUCAUUUGAAGUAAAUGUAGAUAAAGCAUUUGACACAAGAGACGGAGGAUAUGCCUCACAGCUCCAACUCCAUCCCCAACCAAGCCAAUCUUCACAAUAUAUGCCCAUGUCUACGGAUCAACAGGGAUACCAGAACCAAGGACGCGCCUAUUUAGAUCGUCCGUUGCCACAGAAUCCGCGCCAAGAUUACCAACAACAAAUUCAGGAUCGUCCAUUGCCACAAUAUCCACGUCAAGGCUCCCAUCAACCACAAAAUCGUCCGAAUUUAGAUCGUCCGUUGCCACAGAAUCCGCGUCAAGGCUCCCUUUCAUUACAAAAUCGUCCAUUACCACAAUAUCCACGCCAAGGCUCUCCUCAACCACAAAAUUUGGAUCGUCCGUUGCCACAAAAUCCACGUCAAGGCUCCCCCCAACCGCAAAUUCGUCCAAACUUGGAUCGUCCGUUGCCACAAAAUCCACGUCAAGGCUCUCCCCAACCACAAAACCGUCCGAAUUUGGAUCGUCCGUUGCCACAGAAUCCGCGUCAAGAACGCCAAUUACCGAAUUUGGAUCGUUCGCUGCCACAGAAUCCGCGACCUCAACUGCAGACACGUUCGCAUUUGGAUCGUCCAUUACCGCAGGAUUCACGCCAGGACUUUCAAACCCACCAGAAUUUGGAUCGUCCAUUACCACAGAAUCCACGUCAAGACUCCCAACUACGAAAUCGUCCCAAUUUGGAUCGCCCGUUACCACAGAAUCCACGUCAAGGUUCGGUCGGCGAACAGCAACUUGGACGUGAAUUACCGCAGUUGCCCAAUGGCAUGGAUCAGCAGCAAUCUUCGCAGGUGGUAGCAGCUGGACAGAAUGAGAAGCAGAAUUCAGACUCGGCAUCAAGAAUGAAAAAGCGCGAAUUAGCAGUCAAAGAAAUAAUCACAUCCGAACGCUCUUACGUUGAGGGACUGCGAAAAUGCGUAUCUUUCUUUUUGAAUCCUCUUAGAGAGAAUUGCCAAAAGUCAACUACAAAGAAUGGGCUUUUGCCAACUGCAAAGAAUGGGCUUUUGCCAACAAAGCGUGCAGCUUCGAUGGAGGAUAUUAACAUGAUAUUUGGGAAUAUCGAGCAAUUGUUAACUUUGCAUGAGCAACUGUUGAAGAGCUUGGAGGAGAGGUACCAGAAAUGGAGUUCAAAUGAAUUCAUCAGUGAUAUAUUCAUCCAUACUGCACCGUACUUGAAAAUGUACACAACUUAUCUAAAGAAUUUCCCUCAAGCCGUUGGCACGAUCGAACGCCUAAAGAAGGAAGCACAAGGAUUUAAGAAGCUCAUGGCGCAUUGCAUGGAGCGACCCGAACUUGGGGGGCUACCUAUGAAUUCCUUUUUGACACUACCCAUUCAGCGGAUUCCUCGGUAUAAGAUGUUGUUAGAAGCUGUGCUAAAAUACACAGAUGAAUCUCAUCCUGACCAUGAGAAUCUACAAAAAUGUGUACAGCAGAUAUCAGUCAUUGCAGACGAAGUUAAUGAAAAAAUAAGAGAUGCCGAGAACCAACAAAAAAUAGUAGAAAUUCAAGGCCUUCCAGAUGACAUAGUCAAACCAGCACGCAGAUUUAUCCACAAGGGUGAUCUGCACUCUGCCACUCCAUCCAAAGGGUCCGAUCUUCGCACGUAUUUUCUCUUCAACGACAUUUUACUCUUCUGUUUGAACCAUCACGGGAAACACAUUUUCGAGACACAGAUUGACCUUGCAUCUGCUAGUAUUCGUGAUAUUGAAGAUGGGUUAUAUUCACACCCGUAUUGCUUCCAGAUAGUGACUAACAGGGGGGACUAUAUGUUGAGGGCUGCGACUUAUGAGGAGAAACGUGAUUGUAUUGAUAGGUUUGAUGCUACAAUUUGGAAAUUGCAGAACGGUGCUAGAGCGACUUAUGGUGCCGAUGGAAAGCGCUUAAUUCCAAUCAAACUACCUGCAAUUCCACCGCCUUCCUCUUAG